UUUUGGUACGUCAUUGCCCAUGUGGGCGUUGUUAAGUACAUCUUUGUCUUUCUUGCUUGGCAACAGACCUGAGCCACCUCCUUUCCCCACUUCUGGCUCUCUUCUUGCUAGCAAAGACAAUCCCAUUUCUGUUUUCUCUUCAAAAAUGGAAGAUCAAUCUCCAAUGUUGUUUCUCUCAUGUUGCUGGAUCUGUAGACUGAAAAAAUCAAGGACAUGCAGUGCCAAAAGUAAAGGCAAUGAUGUCCCGACUGUGGAUAAAUUAAUUUCCUUGAGGAUGGCUGAGAAGAAGGGUUCAGUUGCUGUUAUAGAAUAUCAUUUGUUGGAAGCUGCAACAAACAAUUUCCAGGAAGUUAAUGUCCUGGGUGAAGGUGGUCGUGGAUGUUUGUAUAAAGCUUGUUUCAGUGAAAAACUCCUUGCAGCAGUGAGGAGAUUUGAAGGUGAAGAACAGGACAUUGAAAGAGAAUUUGAGAACGAGCUGAACUGGUUAACGAAAAUUCAUCAUCAAAACAUAAUUUCUCUUCUGGGUUACUGCAUUCAUGGUGAACAAAGGUUUCUCGUGUAUGAAAUGAUGCAAAAUGGGUCUUUGGAAAGUCAAUUGCAUGGGCCAACACAUGGAUCAGCAUUAACUUGGAAUCUGCGAAUGAAAAUUGCUGUUGAUGUUGCAAGGGGACUAGAGUAUCUUCAUGAGCAUUGCAAUCCUCCUGUUGUCCAUAGAGAUCUGAAGUCAUCUAAUAUUCUUCUGGAUUCCAACUUCAAUGCAAAGCUUUCGGACUUUGGCCUUGCUGUAGCUUCUGGUAUCCAAAACAAGUACAUAAAGCUUUCAGGAACUUCAGGUUAUGUGGCACCAGAGUACCUUUUGGAUGGCAAACUAACUGAUAAAAGUGAUGUCUAUGCUUUUGGAGUUCUCCUUCUGGAACUCCUGAUAGGAAGAAAACCAGUGGAAAAGACGUCUCCGGAUCAUUUUCAGUUCAUAGUCUCAUGGGCCAUGCCUCGGCUCGCUGACAGAUCAAAGCUUCCCAACUUUGUGGAUCCUGUUAUCAAAGACACUAUGAAUUUAAAACACUUAUACCAGGUAGCUGCAGUGGCAGUACUAUGCGUGCAACAAGAACCAAGUUACAGGCCAUUGAUAACAGAUGUCCUGCACUCUCUCAUCCCUCUUGUACCUCUUGCGCUUGGAGGGUCACUGAGAAUUACAGGACCUGUUCCUCUUGCCCUGCCUUCUCUCUGAUGAUGAGAGAGAGCUUAGAUCGGCUAAGGCAAUGUAAAACUCUAGUAAUUUUAGAGAAUUUGGAUGCCUCAUCCAGAUAUGGAAUUGGAAUAUGAAUAUUUUCGUAUGGCAGAUACAAUACUGCCCCCAAAAACAAACAGCAAUUAGGAUCGAAGAAAGUAUAAACCAAUUGAGGUAGCAAAUGAUACAAGAUAAUUGUCUUAUGCAGAAGCUUGGAUGGCCUAACCCAAUAGGACAAAAGGAACGCUAUUAAGCAAGGUCCGAAAACUCUUGAAUUCAUCUGUUGAGGAUUUUGACUCAAGUCCACCCUGUCGGAUACAGACACGGAAGAUGGGAGAACUAUGCACAGAUCCUGAAAUCCUCGUCAACGCCAACUGUAAAAUGCAAAAUCUAAGCAGAUUAUCAAGCAUAUUCUGAUGACAGCAUGCAUGUGUAUACCUAGAAAACUAAGUGAAUUCUAUUUGAUUAUCACAUGAUGCAGAUCAUCAAUGAUGCAGGGUGGCGAUCAAUUAUGAGAGACAAUGUAAUUCUUGUCUGUCAUGCAACGACAUGAUUCACAGUUAGGCAACAAACAGACGUAUUCUACAACAUAAUGCUUAGAUUUGACAUACUGGCCAUGAUAUUAUCAAAGAAACAAAUAAAACAAAAACCGUGAAAUUGGAGAUA